AUGAAUCAACAUAUCCCAUCUCAAUUUGAUCCUCACAAUUUUGCUCAACGAAUUCCAACUUCUACAUUAACAACGUCUUAUGUCUGGACAACGCAAAACGCACAUCAAUCUUCAAGUGCAUCAGUUUUAACAUCUCAAGAUGAACGUCAAAGUUCUGAUACCACGAUAAUGUCAGAUGAAUUAGAUAUGGUCAUUGAGAUUAAUCAAUACAACAAUAAAUCAUCAUCAUUUGCUAAAAAGGAAAGUCCGAUCAAUGAUAAUAUUAGUUAUGAUCAGACGGAAGAAGAAAAAUCAGAUUAUCAAAAAGUUUUAAAUUGGUUAGCACAAAUGCCAGAUUUUGAAGAAUUAUCGCUCCAACUCGAAAACACACCAAGAGAAGUAAAAGAAAAAAUGGAAACGACAGAAAAAAUGGAUUGGGUUAACACCCAAGAAAAACAACCUUAA